AUGAACGGCCCUUCGGAAUUCGAUGACGAAGAGUUUCGCACCGCACCAUCGACUCGAGAACACAGUCUAUCCGUCAAUAGAUCUCCAAUUGUGACUCAGCUACCAGGUGUAUUCGUUCCCUCAUGCCACAAUGGCACCGUCAUCUAUCCGACCACUACGCAGAGAGACCCAAAUCUCGCCCGCCGUCCAUCCAUCGUGCCCCCGGGCCCGCCCACUACCCUAGACUGCAGCUUGCUCAGUAAUGGAGAUGUCGAAACCAUGAUGUGGGCUCCUCAAGCUAGUCCGGUUUUCCGGCGGCCAUCAAGAUGCAUGAGCAUGGAUCAGACUAGAACUCAAACCCAUAGCCACUGUCUGCCCCCGUUCGCUGGAGAGGCAGUCGCCAAGGGGAAUCUGACAACGAACCACAGAUCACGUCCAGUCUCGACCUCCAAGCUUCAACAUGGCCCCACGACGAUGCCCAUACGAGGCCGACGCGAUAUUCCAGGCAGCCACAGCUCCAUCAAUGCUCGUCAUGGCCGACACUCAUCCCGAUCCGAGCAUCUCUCCGACACUCCGAGAAGGUCUGGUCCCAAUAUUUGGGGAAAGCCCAAUACCUUGAUGCAGCAAAUCAUGGGAAAGGUACGGGUUCGUCUUGCUGGUCAACGAAGAACGACGAAUAUCUCUCCAAGCGACACCGAUGGAGGGACACCAUGCAACCAAGCCUCAUGCCAGUACGUCCUCACUGAUGAUCAAGUACAAGACGUCGUGGAGAUUGUUUUCAAAGAAAUUUGCAAGCACAAUACAACCAUGGAGGAUGCUAUCAAAACCCAGCAAGCAACUAAUACUGUGUCUACUCGUGCAGCUGAUACAGCGACCACCAUCAACGAACCCGAGACCUCCUUCUUUAAUCGAAGCGCCAUUAAUGGUCAGGUGCGGUCAAGAAGUGUGUCUCGACCGGCACCCAUCACCACGAUUGUCUCACGCGACAGUAUCACUGAUAUACGCUGGCUCGCCAAUACGCUGGCAGAACAAUCUGGUCAGGCCCGGGGACCGGCUUCGGAUGCCCCCGAAGUACCAACGUCUGCCGUGUGCCAGACCAACUCUUCCAAGUUUACUGUGUCUAGCAUUAUUGAGGCACUCUGUCGGGCUUCUGAUUCUGAUGGAGUAUCGGAUUCCUCUGAUUUCCAUGGGUUCUCGCUCGGUUCUCAGCUCGUAGGUGAAUUGGAUCGUCAAAAGGAAAACGUCAAAGAAUCCAGCGUCGAUGACGAAGCUUCUUCAAUCACUUCAUUCCCUAGCCUGCCACUGCGACACUGCACGGAUGAGUGGCUGAUCACCCCGGCUAGUCUUGCCACUCUCGAACAUGAAGAUAAAGACAAGUUCAACAUGUAUCAUUUGGGAAUUGACGCGAGACUUGGCAGUGUCGCAGCCAGCAGUAAGGACUCACCUCAUAGAGAUUCCGAACAUCCUACAAGCCACGAGGUAGAUCUUCCCUUGGAUGAUCCUGCGAGUGUCAAAACCAAACCCUCUCACCGAGGCUCCGAGGGCUUGUCAGACUCGCACGCAUGCAGCGAGAACAAGGCAUCAGGCCAAUUAGCCAAGAAUCCCAGGCGGCGCUCUGCUCAUUUCGCAGAGCCUUUGGUACAAGACACUCGCAAAGCAGAGCCAGGAUUCAUGCAGCAGAUCACGCGAAAGAUCAGUUCUGUGUUUCAGAGUUCACCAAGUAGUAGCCGUACAACCCGCGCACCAGCGCCAUCCGAAGUUGAAAAUGAGGUUACCGGAAAGGCUGCCGGAGAACUUGGUGCAAGCCGACUAGCUGCGGGAACUGGCGGUCCUGGUGUGGAUUGCCUCUCAGAGCCGGAGCCCGACGCCGUCUAUCAGGCUAUGGUGCUAUCCAAGCCUACGAAAGACAAGAAGCAACGCCGUAGCACUUGUUCUGAAGACUACAUUCCCCACGCGUGCGUGGAUGAUCUGAGCACGUCGGGAAUGCCCUCACCCAAUAUCCAGUAA